ACUUCCCACUGAAGGGAGCGGACGUCUUAUUGGACGGCGGAGAGCUCUUGAGGCGCCCUGGUUGCGCCUAGAAAACAGUUCUGUAUGCGCCGGUGUUCCGUGCGACAGAAAGGUUUAUAGGUGAACGUGGAAAAACGUGUGUUCUGAGGAAUUGUGAUUUUGAGGCGCGAAGCGCGUCUCACUUGCCCUGUUUCAAUAUGGCGGCGCAGCCUGUCUGAGUGUCUUCCUUCCGCUCUCCUGCCCCCAGGCCAUGUUUGAUUGGCCAGCGGGCGGCGCCGUGGAGUGACGCACAAGGGUGCUGACCAAUCGGCUUAGAGCUGAGGUGGACUUGGUGGGAGCCGGAUCCCGGCUUUUAGCAGCUGUGGUUGAGGAAGGCUGCGGCCAGGUGAGCUCCUCCGGCCAGACAAUGGCCACAUAUCUGGAGUUCAUUCAGCAGAAUGAAGAACGCGAUGGCGUGCGAUUUAGUUGGAAUGUGUGGCCUUCCAGCAGACUUGAGGCUACAAGAAUGGUUGUUCCACUGGCUUGUCUUCUCACUCCUUUGAAAGAACGUCCAGACCUGCCUCCCGUACAGUAUGAACCUGUACUCUGCAGCAGGCCGACUUGCAAAGCCAUUCUCAAUCCACUUUGUCAGGUUGAUUAUCGAGCAAAGCUUUGGGCCUGUAAUUUCUGUUUCCAGAGAAAUCAGUUUCCUCCAGCUUACGCAGGCAUAUCUGAGGUGAACCAGCCUGCUGAAUUGAUGCCGCAGUUUUCUACAAUUGAGUACGUGAUACAGCGAGGUGCCUCAUCCCCUCUGAUCUUCCUGUAUGUGGUGGACACGUGUCUGGAGGAAGAUGACCUCCAAGCGCUCAAGGAGUCCUUGCAGAUGUCCCUGAGCCUCCUCCCUCCAGACGCACUGGUGGGUUUGAUCACGUUUGGGAGGAUGGUACAGGUUCACGAACUCAGCUGCGAGGGGAUCUCCAAGAGUUACGUCUUCCGGGGGACGAAGGACCUCACUGCCAAGCAGAUCCAGGACAUGCUGGGCCUGACCAAGCCUGCGAUGCCUGUGCAGCCUGUGCGCCCGGCUCAGCCGCAGGAGCGCCCGUCUGUGUCCAGCAGGUUUCUGCAGCCCAUUCACAAGAUUGACAUGAACCUCACUGAUCUCCUUGGGGAACUACAGAGGGACCCGUGGCCUGUUCCUCAGGGGAAGAGGCCUUUGCGAUCCACUGGUGUUGCCUUGUCCAUUGCUGUUGGCCUGUUGGAGGGCACUUUUCCAAACACGGGAGCCAGGAUCAUGCUGUUCACUGGGGGACCCCCCACUCAGGGACCUGGCAUGGUGGUUGGAGAUGAAUUAAAGGUUCCUAUUCGUUCCUGGCAUGACAUUGAGAAAGACAAUGCCCGCUUCAUGAAAAAGGCAACCAAGCACUAUGAGAUGCUUGCGAAUCGCACUGCUGCAAACGGUCACUGCAUUGAUAUUUACGCCUGUGCCCUUGAUCAGACUGGACUCCUGGAGAUGAAGUGUUGCCCAAAUCUUACUGGAGGCUACAUGGUGAUGGGAGAUUCUUUCAACACUUCUCUCUUCAAGCAGACUUUCCAAAGAAUUUUCAGUAAAGAUUUUAAUGGCAAUUUCCGAAUGGCAUUUGGUGCUACUUUGGAAUUAAAGACCUCAAGGGAGCUGAAGGUUGCGGGAGCCAUCGGACCCUGUGUGUCUCUGAAUGUGAAAGGACCAUGUGUGUCAGAAAAUGAACUUGGUGUUGGUGGCACGAGCCAGUGGAAAAUCUGCGGCCUCGAUCCCACGACGACGCUCGGCAUCUACUUUGAAGUAGUCAACCAGCACAACGCCCCCAUCCCGCAAGGAGGCCGAGGCGCCAUCCAGUUCGUCACGCACUGCCAGCACUCCAGCACCCAGCGGCGCAUCCGUGUGACCACCGUUGCCCGCAAUUGGGCAGAUGUGCAGAGCCAGCUGAAGCACAUUGAAGCGGCGUUUGACCAGGAGGCGGCGGCGGUGCUGAUGGCACGGCUGGGGGUGUUCCGAGCCGAGUCGGAGGAGGGGCCGGACGUGCUCCGGUGGCUGGACCGACAGCUCAUCCGGCUGUGUCAGAAGUUUGGACAGUAUAACAAAGAAGACCCUGUGUCAUUUAGGUUAUCAGAUUCCUUCUCUCUAUACCCUCAGUUCAUGUUCCAUCUUAGAAGGUCUCCAUUCCUUCAAGUCUUCAACAACAGCCCUGACGAGUCUUCGUAUUAUCGGCACCACUUUGCCCGGCAGGACCUCACCCAGUCCCUCAUCAUGAUCCAGCCCAUCCUGUAUUCCUACUCCUUCCACGGGCCCCCAGAGCCCGUGCUCCUGGACAGCAGCAGCAUUCUUGCUGACAGAAUUCUGCUCAUGGACACUUUCUUCCAAAUUGUCAUUUAUCUUGGUGAGACCAUCGCCCAGUGGCGGAAGGCAGGCUACCAGGACAUGCCCGAGUAUGAAAACUUCAAGCACCUCCUACAGGCACCUCUGGAUGACGCACAGGAGAUCCUGCAGGCGCGGUUCCCGAUGCCGCGGUACAUCCACACGGAGCAUGGGGGCAGCCAGGCUCGAUUUCUUUUGUCCAAAGUGAAUCCGUCUCAGACACACAAUAACCUGUAUGCUUGGGGACAGGAAACGGGAGCGCCCAUCCUCACUGAUGAUGUUAGCCUGCAGGUGUUCAUGGACCAUCUGAAGAAGCUGGCUGUCUCCAGUGCUUGUUGAGCUAAGGAUAUAGGCAGGAAAUGGAAGAAAACACUGUCACUUUGUGUUCACAAUUUUUUAUAAAGGCUUAACAUUCCUUUUACUUUGCUGGUGGAUUUUAAUAAAUAAUCAAAGGAAGUGUUAGUAACUCUUUAGAUUUUAAUUUAUUUGUAUUCCUUAUCUGUGCCCUUUUCUUACUCCAUAAAAUUAUAAGGUCAUAAACAUUUUCGUAUUGGUAGAGGUUUAUAUGCUUUUUAUAUCCUAACUUUUAGAGCCUGUAUAAAAUCAGAGCUAAUGUAUUUUGGCAGCGUGCUUACAUGAAAAUCAUAAUGAUCAGAAAGGAAAUAAAUCUGAAGAAAGCACUGGUUAAAAUAAUGCUAAUACAUAUUUUAUUUCUGAAGUCUCUGUGUAAGUCUUGAGUAUGUUUUAUGUAAAUUCUCCAACAAGUAAUUCCUGAACUUAAUCUUCAUUUACUGUCCAAAUAUUAACAGAUAAGGAAACGUAAGAAAUAUGUGCAGCUGUUGAAGCCAAGUGGUCUGGAGUCGCAUUGUCCCUCCCUCACCUGAGAUACAGAGAACAGAUUGGUGGUUACCAGUGGAGGAGGGAUGGGGAAGGGUGAAAUGGAUUAAGUGGGGGUCUGUUGUCCUGUGAUGGAGGGAAACAAGGGACUGUGGUAGUGAGGUCACUGCAAUGCAUACAGAACUUGAAUUAUAAUGUACAUGUGAAACAUGUUAUAAACCAUUGUUACCUCAAUUAUAAAAAUUCCAGCUAUUCCAGCCAGUGGAGUUCAUUCUUGUUGUGAGGUUAUGUCCCCUUUUAACAUAGGCCCCCAGUGGCUAAGAUGGUAAAGAAUCUGCUUAGGAUGCAGGAGACCUGGGUUUGAUCCCUGGGUCCAGAAGAUCCCCUGGAGGAGGGCAUGGUAACCCACUCCGGUAUUCUUGCCUGGAGAAUCCCAUAGACAGAAGAGCCUGGAGGGCUACACAGUCAUGGGGUCGCAAAGAGUCAGAGAUGACUGAGCAACUCUCACACAACUUCUAUGACAACUGUCAUCCAGGAAUUUCUUUUGUUGGACUCCUCUGUUAAUUUCCAGGAGUAAUAAGGACCUAAUCUAUGGCACAGAUUAGCUAUAGCAUCUAUAGCACAUCUAUAAGGACGUAAUCUAUUGAGAAACUCUACUCAAUACUCUGUAAUGACCUAUAUGGGAAAGAAUCUAAAAAAGAGGGGAUCUAUGUAUAUGUAAACUGAUUCACUUUGCUGUACACCGGAAACAUAACCGCACUGUAAAUCAACUAUAUUCUGAUAAAAAUAAGAAGUGCCAGGGGAUUUCCUUGGCAGUCCAGUAAUUAAGGUUCAGCUUCCAGUGCAGGGGUUUUGGAUUCAUAUCUGGUCAGGAAAUUAAGAUCCCACAAGCUAAGGGGUCCAAAAAAACGGGGGGGGACCCCAAAACAAGUGCCAAGCCUCUGUAAGGCAUGCGGUUACAAUUAUGCAAGCUCCAAUACUUUGGCCACCUGAUGCAAAUAACUAACUCAUUGGAAAAGACCCUGAUGCUGGGAAAGAUUGAAGGCAGGAUGAGAAGGGGACGACAGAGGAUGAGAUGGUUGGAUGGCAUCAUCGAAUGACUGGACUUGGGUGUCUGAGCAAGGUCCGGAAGUUGGUGAUGGGCAGGGAAGCCUGGCGUGCUGCUGUCCACGGGGUCGCAAAGAGUCGGAUACGACUGAGCGACUGAACUGAGAGGUCUGCUUGAGAGAUGCUGUCAUAGGGCCCCGUUACGUGGAUGGCAAGGUCGUGGGUUCCAGGCAAAAGACGGAAGUCCCGAGCCCAGCACCACACCUCCUGAGUUCUUUCCGGGCGGGACGUCGGUACUACACGCCCCAGGAUGCACCGGGGCCAGCGCCGGAAGCGGCUGUCCAGAGCGGCUUUUCGUUGGAGGCAGCGGCGGUGAAACGAGACUGGAAGGCCCGCCUUCACCCGAGACUCGGAGGAGUGGGGUCUACGCGGCGGCGUCAUGCGGCCGGCACAAGCUCUUAGUUGGUACCGGCGGAUGUCAGUCGUUUACGGACUGGGCGCCUGGACCCUGCUGGGCUCCUUGAUUUUCUUGAGUCAGAAAAAGAGCAAGCAGCCAGGUGAUAAAGUAGAACAAAAGGAUGCCUCAAGAAACGAACUAUCUGAGCCCCCAAAAGGCUUUUAUGUGGAAACGAUUGUCACAUAUAGAGAAGAUUUUGUUCCGGUUACUGCCAGGAUCAUCAACUAUUUGAAAUCAUGGACUAGUGGCCCUGGACCAAAAUCAUGAUUGACUGCUAAACUCUGAAAACAGAACUUUGGUUCAGCAUAUACAUUUGAGAGAUAGCUUGAUUUCCACUUUCCAUUUGUGAAAAGUGAAUACAUUUAAGUUUGCUGUAAAAUAAAAAAAUAGGCAAUAAAUAUCCCCUUGAAGAAAAGUAAA